AAACACAAAUCAAACCAAAGCCAUCCCUUUUACACACAAAAUUGAAUCAUCCCACAACAAAUCAAGAAACACACACAAAUCAAAGUUUCCAUGAAUGAAUGAACCCUUUCUCUCUUCCUUAAUCCAAAAUCUAACAACAACCCAUUUCCACCAUGUCCACACCACAAUCAGAAAAACAAGCUCUUUUUAUUACCUCACUCAUCAUUUUCUGGUAUUCUUCCAACAUUGGUGUUCUUCUCCUCAACAAAUUAUUACUUUCUAAUUAUGGUUUCUCCUUCCCAAUCUUCCUUACUAUGUGUCAUAUGUCUGCUUGUGCUGUUCUUAGCUAUGUUUCCAUUGUUUUCUUAAAGAUUGUACCUUUUCAAAGGAUCAAAUCAAGAUCUCAAUUUUUGAGGAUUUCUACACUUAGCCUUGUAUUUUGUGGGUCUGUUGUGGGUGGUAAUAUUUCUUUAAGGUAUUUACCUGUUUCAUUCAAUCAAGCUGUUGGUGCUACGACGCCGUUUUUCACUGCAGUGUUUGCUUAUAUGAUCACCAUGAAGAGGGAAGCUUGGCUUACCUAUGGUUGUCUUGUUCCUGUGGUUGCUGGUGUUGUCAUUGCAAGCGGGGGGGAGCCUAAUUUCCACCUUUAUGGAUUCAUUAUGUGUAUAGGUGCAACUGCUGCACGUGCGUUUAAGUCUGUUCUUCAAGGUGUUCUUCUUUCCUCUGAAGGGGAAAAAUUGAACUCCAUGAAUCUGCUGCUUUACAUGUCACCAAUUGCUGUUCUAGUUUUAAUGCCUGCGGCAAUCAUAAUGGAGCCCAAUGUGAUAGAUGUCACCGCGACACUUGCAACGGAACAUAGAUACCUUGGCCUACUUAUUUUGGUCAAUUCUGCAAUGGCAUAUGGAGCCAAUUUGUUGAACUUUUUGGUGACAAAGCAUACCAGUGCUUUGACACUCCAGGUCCUAGGAAACGCUAAAGGUGCUGUGGCUGUUGUUAUAUCUAUACUUCUUUUCCGAAACCCUGUAACUUUUACUGGAAUUGCGGGCUAUACAUUGACUGUGAUGGGGGUUGUUGCUUACGGAGAAGCCAAAAGAAGACACAAAUGAGCUG